AUGGGGGUGCUUCUCAUUGGCAAGGACAAGGAGACAGGAAGUUUUUCUCUUACUGCCAAGCCCAAAAAAUCGGCUUUACAUCAACUUACUAAAAAGCUUUUGAAAAAUUACAGCAAAGGAGUGCGACCAGUCAACAACUGGACAGAGGCCACAGUAGUUUACAUUGAUUUCAUCCUUCAAUCAGUAUUAGAUGUGGAUGGUCAAAACCAGAAAGUGACCACAAGCAUAUGGUACCGGCAGAUUUGGAAUGAUCAGUUUUUAAUGUGGGACCCUGCAGCAUUUGAUGGUAUUAAUGAAAUCUCCCUGUCUUCAGAUGCCAUCUGGGUUCCUGACAUCAUCAUCAGUGAAUUUGUCGAUGUGGGAAGGUCACCAUAUCUUCCUUAUGUCUACGUGAACUCCUCCGGCAUGGUCAAGAAUUAUAAACCAAUUCAAGUGGUGUCUGCCUGCAGUUUGGAAAUGUAUGCGUUCCCAUUUGACAAGCAAAACUGCACCUUGACCUUUAGAAGCUGGCUCCACACAGUGAAUGAAGUAGACUUGGCCAUGUGGAGAACCUUUGAAGAGGUGAAAAAUGAGAAGAGAGCAUUCAUGAAUGAUGGUGAAUGGGAGCUUGUGGCCAUUCCUGCCAGAUAUGAACAACUUCAUAUGGAAACCAGAGACUAUGCUCAGAUUCAGUUUAAUGUCAUCAUUCGGAGGCGCCCUCUGCUCUAUGUUGUUAGCUUGCUGAUUCCAAGCAUUUUCCUAAUGGUUGUAGAUGUCAUGAGUUUUUAUCUGCCCCCUAACUGCGGUACCCGAAUUACUUUUAAAGCCAGUCUUCUGCUCGGCUACACUGUUUUUAGAGUCAACAUUUCUGAUGAUUUACCGGCCACUGCAAUCCAGACACCUCUGAUAGGAGUUUUCUUUGCUGCUUGCAUGGCAUUAUUGGUUCUUAGUCUGGCAAAAUCCAUUUUCAUUGUAAAACUUCUACAUCACAAUGACAAAACAGUGAAAGGAACAACAGUUUCUUCUUCUAUGCUCACCAAGUAUGGGUCUUCCAGCCUGAUCUUCAAUGAAAACUCUUUACAGUCCAUGAAAACAAAGGAAGACCUCAAUCAGAUCAGAGGUUUUGAUGCUGAAAUUGGUUCUGAUGAGGAAAGUGUGGUAAUCAAUGGAGAACAUACUAAGAAUUUAAUAUUAGAAAAAAUCCAUGAGGAAAUUGUUCUGCUGAAUUACUGCCUUCGACAAGUGGAUAACACAAACUGCAUGAAGAUUGACUGGCUGGCUUUGUGUUAUGAAGUGGAUAAAGUGCUUUUCCGCGUGUAUUUAUUCAUCCUUGUCAUUUAUACCAGCACUUUGUGCUCUCUGUGGGCUUUAUGGGGAGGUUUGUAA